AUGAGAAACGAUCAUGUGAAGAUGAAGAUGCCCAAGAAGCCCCUGUCACCAUGCCAGGCUUGUGGCAGCCCUGAACACUGGAACAAAGAAUGUCCUGACUGGGAUUUCUUCCUUACACUACAACAGAAGUUGGCUCAUGUAGGUGAAGCAGUGGGAACAGAUGACCUGACAGAACAGGCAUAUCAAGCUUCAUAUCAAAUCCUGCUGUCAGAAAGGCUAGCAUCCUUAGAUAAACCAGAUUUUGAAUCAGCAACUCAAGAAGUAUCCCAAAGGGAAAAAGCUACUGAGUGUAAGACCGAGACUGUGAAGUUGGAGGAAGGGAAGAAGGUUUCCAAGGUUUCCAAGAAAGUAACAGUAGAAGAAGUCGAGAAGGAAGACAAUUUAUUACAGAACAAUUUUCCUCCAGCCUGGAACUUCAUUCUAGAAGAAGUAGAACAACAAAUGGAAACAGGAGAAGUGAGGGAGAUGUAUCAUUCCUCCACAGAGGCAUGUCUCAUUUUUGACUGGCAAGAAUAUCCUCCACCUCCUCUGGAGUCGACUCCCUUUGUCCUGUGUGCUAAGAGAAAACAUCCACCAGGCCUGUCAGCACAGAGGUGUCCAUACUAUCUGUGA